AUGAGGCGGACCGGGAGUCUGCAGCUCCUCCUGCUGCUGGCCUGUACCUCCUGGGCCACAAGUCUGCAAAUCCCCCCAGAAGUUGAGCAGCUUCCAACAAUAAUUAGACAAACAUCCAGUCCUAUAAUCGCACUUCCUUAUGACAGCAGUGUUACUAUCAGGUGCGAGGCCACUGGGAACCCACAGCCACAGUUCCGGUGGACAAAAGAUGGCGUGGACUUCACUCCGUCUGAUCUCACUGACAAAAGCACCGGGACGUUCGUGGUUCAGAACAAGCAGCUCUCUCAGUAUCAGGGGACAUACAGGUGUUAUGCCUCCAACAAACUGGGGACUGCGAUGACAGAGGAGAUUCAGCUCAUAGCUUUAACUGUCCCCAAAUUUCCAAAGGAGGCACUGGAUCCCAUAGUGGUAAAAGAAGGAGACCCGCUCGUCCUGAGGUGUAACCCUCCCGUCAGUGUGGUCCCACGUCAGAUCCACUGGAUGUCCAUCAAUCUGCAGCACAUUCCUCAGGACGAGCGUGUUUCCAUGGGGAUCGAUGGAAACUUGUACUUCUCUCACGCCUUACAGAACGACAGCAGGAGAGACUACACCUGUGUGGCCGCUUUCAACAAGAUCAGAACUAUUAUCCAGAAGAGCCCCAUGACGGUGCAAGUGCAAAGUGACGCUGCCCCCGCGCCCAGCAAACCCACGGUGCUGCUGCCCUCUGGUGUUCAGUCGGAGAUAGUGCUGCUCAAGGGGAAGGAUCUCAAGAUGGAAUGUCUGCCAGGAGGAUUCCCCACGCCAACAGUAGAAUGGAUUAGGAUGGGAGACAGUCUUCCUGAACGUACCAAAUAUGAAAACUUUGGAAGGCUGCUGACAGUUUCCAACGUGGACGAGGGCGUGGAAGGAAAAUACAUGUGCAAAGCCCAGAACAGUGAAGGAGAAGAAGUGCACUACAUUGACGUCAUCGUGGAGGAGCCUCCUCAGUGGCUGAGUGAGGCGCCCCAGAGCCAGCUCUCUGUGAUUGGCUCUGAUGUCCACAUCAGGUGUGCAGUCAGUGGAAAACCGGUGCCAGACAUCACAUGGAGGAAGAAUGGGGAUAUUUUCAGAGAUGACCCAGAUCAGAAGAAGCGUGUUCUGGAGGACUCAGUGGUUCUACACAAUGCUAGUCCUGAAGACAGCGGCGUUUAUCAAUGUGAAGCCUCCAACCCGCACGGCUCUCUGCUGGCCAACGUUAACAUCAUGGUCAUGAAUAUGGCUCCCCUGAUCCUUUCUGCAGACCUCCAGGAGUACGCCGUGGUUCAGGGAGGUGACAUUGUUCUGAACUGCAGUGUGUUUGGCUCUCCUCCACCAACAAUCUCCUGGGCCAGAAAUGAGACUUUAGAAGACAUCGGAGGGGUGCACUUCUCGGUUCUGAUGAACAAAUCACUGCAGCUCAUCGGUGCGGAGAAAAACCACAGCGGGGAAUAUGUGUGUGCAGCCUCCAACUCAGAGGGAAAGUCUUCAAUCACCGCCCUGCUGGAUGUGAAAGAUCCGACGAGAAUUGUGUCCCCGCCCCAGAACUUACAGGUCGUCAGCGGGACAGCGGCGCAGCUAAUGUGUCGGGCUGAGUUUGAUAAAAGCCUUGAAAAAAGCUUUGAGGUGACAUGGAAGAAAGAUGAAGAGGAGAUACCACUUAACUUUGAAGAAAAAUAUUCUUUCACUCAAGAAAUGCUGCAGAUCAUGAAUGUAAAUAUGAGCGACCAGGGCAUUUACACGUGUAUCGCCAGAACCAGCCUUGACAUGGACAAUGCCUCUGCCAUCAUGACAAUUUUGGAUGUUCCUGAUGCUCCAUUAAGUUUAGAGAUUACUGAACUUCAAGGAUUGAGAAAUAUCAGCUUGUCCUGGACCCCUGCAGCAGAGAACAACAGCCCUGUCACAGAAUUUGUGGUGGAGUACGAGGAGAACCAGUGGGAUCCAGGGAGGUGGAAAGAACUGAAGAAAGUCCCUGGUAACCUGGCAACCGCGGACCUGCUUCUACAUGGCCACCUCAACUAUCAGUUCAGGCUGUACGGCGUUAAUGCAGUGGGGCCGGGACCCCCUAGUGAGCCCACGCAGAGACACAAAACGCCUCCCGCUGCACCUGAUCGAAACCCAGAGAACAUCAACAUUCAAGGACAUCUUCCUCAUCAAAUGGAAAUAAGCUGGGAUCCACUGUUGCCAAUUGAGCACAAUGGGCCAGGCUUGGAGUACAGGGUAAACUACAGGAAGCUGGGGGUAGAUGAGCCAUGGAAAGAGUCUCUCGUCAAAAGACACUCCUUUGUUGUGAGGAAUACGUCAACUUUUGUGCCGUACGAGAUCAAAAUCCAAAGCAGGAACAGUUACGGGUGGGGGCCAGUACCCAAAGUUUUCUCAGGGUAUUCUGGGGAGGAUGUUCCUACUGCAGCUCCGCGGGACGUGGCGGUGGAGGUGAUCAACACCACUGUGCUGAGAGUUAGCUGGACCCCAGUUCCACCUGCCACAGUACGAGGGCAUCUGGGGGGCUACAAUAUCCACUGGUUGAGAAAGCAAAGCCUACUGAAUCCUGGGAAGCUUUUAGACGAACGCCAAUCACUUUCCUUCCAUGGAAAAAGAAACCACUGCAUUGUGCCAAGCCUUGAACCGUUUUCUGAAUACAGCUUGACCGUCAACGUGUUCAAUAAGAAGGGCAAUGGGCCAAAAAGCGACCCGGUGAACUUCAGCACUCCCGAAGGAGUUCCUGGUCAAGUGCCGAUCCUGACUUCUUCAAAUGCUCAAAAAGACUCUAUUCUACUGGUCUGGGGUCCGCCAUCGGAGACAAAGGGCAUCCUCACAGGCUACCUCUUGCAAUAUCACCUCAUCAAUGAGAGUUCACUGGAGCUCCUGGAGUCCUGGGAGAAGAACAUCAGUGCGGCUGACACCACCCAGUGGCAGCUGCAGGGCCUGAAGGAGGGCAGCCUGUACCGCUUCCAGGUCCGCGCCUGCACCCGGGCGGGCUGCGGACCUCCAAGGGCCCAGGAGAGUCAUACUGUCACUCCACACGGAGUGGCCAGUUUGCAGCGAGACACAUCAACGCGAGGCUGGCUGAUCGGGACCAUGUGUGCGGUGGCUCUUUUAACCCUGAUAGCGCUCAUUGCCUGCUUUGUUCGGAGAAACAAAGGAGGGAAGUACUCAGGUACGCCAGCGAAGCCACAGGAUACGCUGUCCAUGGAGCAAGUGAAAGAGAAGGAGGACCUCCACCCUGACGUGGAGUCACAAGGAAUGAAUGAUGACACCUUCUGUGAAUACAGUCGGAUUGAUAGCGAGGAAAAGCCACUGAAGGACGGCAGCUUGUGUUUCCUGACCUGCGAUGACGGUCCGGGGGACAAUCUCAGCAGGGACAGCUUGGUGGACUAUGCCGAGGGAGGAGGAGAGUUUGACGAAGACGGAUCUUUCAUCGGUGAAUACUCGCAACUUAAGCACCGUGGAUCUUUGAGCGAGCCCAACGGACACAGCCUUGUCGCACAAGUCUGA